AUGCAAUCCGAUCAUCAUCAUCUUAACUCUGAUUCAACAUCACAUCGAUCAAUCAUAUCAAAACCUAUUCCACCACCUAUCUCGAUCAUUCCUUUAAGAUCUAACCAUUCAUUAGAACAAGCCGAUCAAUACUCAACUCAAAACGAAGAAGAUCACAACAUGACCGCUCGUUGUAGUCAAUUCCCACCUGAUAUUCUCAACUCUCGAUCGAUUUCUUCAUCUCAUGAUCCAAUUCAUUCAUCAUCUCGUUUUUCAAGUUUUCUAAACAAUCUCAACAAUGAACCAUCGACUUGGUCAGACAAUCAUCAUCCUAUCGCUUCAUCAUCUCAUCAAACUCAAUCUUUUCGAUUAGAUUCACCUGUCUCUGCGAGUACAAACGAGCUGAGCUCAAGUUGCUCUUCUUUAGCUUCGUCUAAUAGUGCCUUCUUACCUAGCACUUCUAAAUCUUCAACUUCACUUGAUUCAUCUAAAUUCGAUUCACCUCCUUCUCAUCAAUCUAAUCCUACGGUUCCGUCUGAAUCAUAUUACCCUUCUCUCAAUCCACCCAGUUCAAACUCACUUCAAUCCAAUUACCCUUCUUCAGCUUCAAACUCAACUCAAGCUAAUUAUCCUCCUACCACCCCUCAAGGUUACCCAACGUAUCAAAAUUAUCAAAAUCUACCUCCUCAACCUCGUCACUCUUUACCCAUUCAGUAUCCUAAUCCAGGAUCUAACCCUGAGGCUGUAGCGGUAGCCCCUCCUGCUGCAGCCUUCACCCCAAGUGAUGGUUCACCACCUCUUUUACCUCCCAACCUCUUUUGUGCUGACUCUGGUUCGAGGCGUCAUACUGUAUCGGCUUUUAUGGCACCUUCUGCUCUUGAAAUCGGUUUAUUUGCUCGACAUGAUCUAGAGGAUACGAUGUUGAAAGAAGAAAAACGUAGAAGGAACAAAGAAUCCAGUCAGAGAUUCCGAGAUCGGACUCGCGAACGACAACGAGAGAAGCAGGAAAGAUUAGAAUUCCUGGAGCGAAGGAUCAAGGAUUUGGAAAUCCAACUUGUACACGCCAAGCGUAACAAGAGCAAUGCGAAUUCACCUCGUGCUACUGAAAUCAUCCAACCACCUAGUCGACUGGUAGGAGAGAAUGAAACUGCCCUUACUGCUAUGCAGCGAUUACACCAAGAGAAUGAAAGUUUGAGAGCAGCUUUGAAGACAGCUGAACAAGAGAUCCAACGACUCAGCCCUGGAGGAACGAGUGCGUUCAGUAUCGCUCAAGUGUACGGAUCACUUCCACAACUCUCGCCACCAGCUUCAACAGGUGGUGAAUCAUCUUCGCCGCCUACUGCGAUGGACCGCGAACAUACCAAUUAUUUUACUUCGACUCGUACUUCAAGUCCUAGUUCUGAUCAUCAUUAUCCUCAACAUCAGCAGCAGCAGCACCAACAAGCACCACAGCAUCUUGGGCUCAAUAACAGUACCUCUACUAUCAAUAGUGAAUGGGAAGCUUCUGAUUCAAUGGUUAAUUGGAAUCUUGAUCCUCAUACACUUUCUCCACCACAAGACCCAUUUCAUUCAACUUGA